AAUGAUACAGUGCACAGCUGAGAUGUAAACCAACCAGGGAGUGUUAGCUAGCUGUCAUACAUCCGUGCAAAAUAGCGUUACGCUGUUUCUGCAAGAAGACCAGGAGAUGGCUACAAACUAGUAAAUGAUCCAGCCAAUGGAGCAAACACACGACUCGCAAUCAUUUAUUUUUAUUUCUCCCGAUGCAUCGUUUUCUGACUAACGUUACAGUUGACAUCAAUGUCAUCUCAUCUCUAGCUAGCUAGCUAAAUAGCUAACGGUAACGUUAGCUAGCUAGCUAAGCUAAGGCCAGGGUGACUAUACGUCCAAACAGUUACCCAGCAGUGGGAGGGGAGGUGCGCGCUGACUCCUAGACUGUUGGCUCUUCCGGCGCGGCACCAUGACUUCGUCGGGCUGCUGUCACCUGCCUGGUUCCUUGUGCGAGUACUCCGGCAGCGUCGAUCUGCCUAAGGAGGCGGAGGAGCCUGAUGCAGGCCAGGCCCAGUACGUCGCCAAGGUUACAGCCAAAAAUGGCCGCCCACUCUCGACGGUCGUCAAAGCUGUGGGCUCACAGAGUAAUGAGGGCAUGUGUCGGAUCUGCCACGAGGGAGCCAGCGGUGAGACGCUGCUCUCCCCUUGUGACUGCACAGGGACCCUGGGUAAGGUGCACAAAAGCUGCCUGGAGAAGUGGCUGUCCUCUUCCAAUACCAGCUACUGUGAGCUCUGUCACACUGAGUUCAGCGUCGAACGACGGCCCCAGCCCCUCACCCAGUGGUUGCGGGACCCCGGCCCUCGCAGUGAGAAGCGGACGCUGCUGUGCGACCUGGCCUGCUUUCUGCUCAUCACCCCUCUGGCGGCCAUCUCGGGCUGGCUCUGUCUGAGGGGAGCCCAAGACCACCUCACCCUCAACAACCGGGUGCAGGCUGUGGGCCUCAUUGCCCUCACCAUCGCCCUCUUCACCAUCUACAUCCUCUGGACGUUGGUAUCGUUCCGCUACCACUGUCAGCUGUACUCUGAGUGGAGGAGGACCAAUCAGAAAGUGCGGCUGCUCAUGCCCGACAUGAAAAGAGCACACUCGACCCAACAUUCCGUGCCGACCAAGAAGUUGACAAAGAAAGGGACGGACGAGACCGUCGUAUGAUCACCGGAGACAAUUUGGUCUCAACAAAGAGAGUCCAACAUAACCCGAACUUCUGCACUCAUAGAACAUUCUGGGGAGAUUCCUUCUCUCCAUAUUCACUUUUAUUUGAAGCACUUGAGCCCCAGAACUAUAACCAGUGGUAUUGGGGACAUUUUGGAGUGGAGUGUCGUUGAGACUCUGAACACAAACAGUACAACAGGGCUAAUGUAGCAUGAUCUACCCGAUGCAGCAUUGUGUUAAUACAGUAUAUCUGAAACAUACUACCCUCCUUUCAUUCACAAAAUGUAUUUAGCUGUUUUUGGACAACUUGUGUCCCAUAGCCUUGUGAAUUUACUCAGAACAACAACCAUGUGAACGACCAAGCUCUAAAGAAGCUGUCUGUUUUUAAAUAUUUGCCCCUUUUGAACCUGAUAGACGUCGGAGACGGGGGGGGUUUGGUGUGUCAGUCAAUGUAUGCAGGGUGUACAAAAGUAUUUGAUGUAAAAUUAGUCUUCCUGUUUCACUCCCUUGAGUGAGUUGAGUCAUUGUGCAAUAAAACAUAAAGGACUCUUGGUCUUUAAAUUGGACACAUC